GAGGAAGUGGUCCAUUCGUCGGACCCAAAAUUGGACCGUCUUAAAUUAGCUCAAUUGAUUGUAUCCUGCUUGAAGGGUCCUUCUAUGCCCUUGGCCCAAUUGAGUACUUGUUUGAUUCUUGACGCAAUUUGAAGGAAGCAAGCAUCGUUAUAAAAGGAAAAAGAGUCGAGACGGAACACGGGAGGAACGAGUUUGGUCUUUCCGUGGAACAACGUUACAUAGAAAUGGAGCAGAAGAAUAAGUACAGCAUAAUAGUACCAACAUAUAACGAGCGCCUCAAUAUUGCUCUCAUCGUCUAUCUCAUCUUCAAACAUCUCCGGAGUAGGGAUGUUGAUUUUGAAAUAAUUGUUGUGGAUGAUGGGAGCCCUGAUGGUACUCAAGAAGUUGUGAAACAACUGCAGAAACUGUAUGGUGAAGAUCAUAUUCUAUUGAGACCUAGACCUAAGAAGCUUGGGUUGGGAACUGCUUACAUACAUGGUUUGAAGCAUGCUUCUGGAAAUUUUGUUGUAAUCAUGGAUGCCGAUCUAUCACACCAUCCAAAAUAUUUGCCGAGCUUCAUUAAGAAACAGCUGGAAACUGGUGCCAGCAUAGUUACAGGAACACGAUACAGCAAAGGCGGUGGCGUGCAUGGAUGGAAUCUGAUGCGCAAGCUAACAAGUAGGGGAGCCAAUGUUCUUGCACAGACUCUUUUGUGGCCUGGUGUAUCGGACUUGACUGGAUCUUUCAGGCUUUAUAGGAAAUCAGUGCUUGAAGAUGUCAUUAGCUCCUGUGUUAGCAAGGGGUAUGUGUUUCAAAUGGAAAUGAUUGUUAGGGCUUCAAGAGAAGGCUACCACAUUGAAGAGGUUCCAAUAACUUUUGUUGAUAGAGUAUUUGGAAGUUCAAAGCUUGGCGGAUCUGAAAUUGUAGAGUAUCUAAAAGGCCUUGUAUAUCUUUUGGUCACAACAUGAGACCUUCCGACAAAUAUAACCAACACGAUAAUAUCUUCAUCUGUUUACUUCAAAAAGUGAUUUGUUGAGAUUCAUAGUGUUGACUUACAGCAAACAACUUUUAUAGCUUGUUCUUAGAAGUUCCCUUAUAUAACCUGACUUUUGAUGGCAAAUUUUGUUGUAGAUCUCAAAAAUGUAUUUUGCUACUGGAUGGUUGGCAAACAAUAUGUUUACCGGGGAAUUGUUAUUCAAUGGAAAUUAUCAAAUGAAGAGGCAAAAGCUAGGGUUGCAUUUUACAGGAUGAAGGUUGUGCCACUUUCAU